UGCCCUGUGAGGAGGAUCCCGGCUGUCUGCAGAGCUCUGUCGAUGGGAAGAGGAGCAGAGGAGUAUCGGAGCUGCUGUUUACCUGCAGCAGGCUGACAACACAACACAACACCUGGAGCUGCCGUUUACCUCCACCCAGCACUUCCUCCUGCCCCCAGCCCCCGGCCCUCAGCUGUGAGGUGUGAUGGUGAACAGCAGAGUGGAGGCCCCCUCCGUGGCGGUGAUGGGUGGUGGUGGGGGGACCGCCGGCAGGUCGUGUGCGGGGUGCGGAGGCCGGAUCGUCGACCGCUUCCUCCUCUUCUCCAUGGAGCGCUACUGGCACACCCGCUGCCUGAAGUGCUCCUGCUGCCACGCCCAGCUGGGAGAGUACAGCAGCAUCUGCUACAGCAAAGGAGGCAUGAUCCUCUGCAAGAACGACUACGUCAGACUGUUCGGACACAGCGGCGCCUGCAGCGCCUGCGGACAGUCCAUACCUGCCAGUGAGAUGGUAAUGCGAGCACAAGGCAGUGUGUACCACCUCAAGUGUUUCACCUGUGCCACCUGCAGAAACCGGCUGGUCCCCGGCGAUCGUUUUCACUACAUCAACGGAACGAUCUUCUGUGAACACGACCGGCCGGGAGGAGGUCUGAUCACCGGACCCCCGAGUUCCCUGCAGGCCAGCAGCAUCAUGGCCGACCAGAAGGUUUGCUGAGGAAGAGGAUGGAAACAAAACGUCAGUGCCUUCUCCCUCCGUCCUCCUGCCUCCGCGGAUCCGCAGUCACUCCACAGCAUCUGCCGAACCAGAUGUGAUCUUACACCGAAAAUGGACGCUCUGAGAAGACUGUGGCUGAAAACUCUGGAAGUCAAAGCUCUGCUGGAGGACGCUCCAUUCAUCUGCUGUCCGCUGUGAGCCGGACCAGAAUCACUGCGACCGGACCGACUCCACCGUCAUGCGUCCUUCAUCGGCGCGAGCAGGAAACAGCACCAACAGAGGGACACUUUUACGUUAGUCUGUGGAAAAAUUGUAAGGAUUUUUGUGUUUUAAUUCAGCUGUUGGGUGUUUCUGUCCUGUGUGAACCAGUAUUAUGUUUCUGUUCCUACAUCUUACACCUGGUAAAGUCACGAAGGAAUCAUCAGUGUUCUUUCUCUAAAACCGUCAAGAUCUGUUCGCAAAUGAAACGUCUCCAACAUCCAGGACUGAAACUGAAGAAAACUGACUGAGAAAGGCUACAGUUAUGCUGAAAAGCAGUGGAAUUUGGUUUUUGUUUUUUUGUUUAUCAGUGUGGGAUGGAUCAGAGAGCUUUACGAGGACCCAUCAGAAGAACUCCUCAGGUCUUGGUGGAAUCCCGUUUCCCAGCAGGAGUUUCAGUCGUGACUCUCUGAGAAGACAUCCUGGUUAAACAUAAACAGUUUGAGUGUAAAUCUAUGAAUAAUUUCAUUAAAAUAUGUUUGUGUGAUGGAAUGUGUUGUGGGUGUGACUGAGAUGAUUCAG